GCAGCCCCUCCCGGUGCGGCCCGCGGUGGGGGAGGGCUGCGGUUCGGCUGCGCUGUGAGCGCGGUUCUGGGGACGACGGUGGGGGGUGGCAGCGGGAGCCGGGAGUGAGGGAGCCGCGGUGUGGGCUGCUGGAUGCAGAACCCCGGAGCUGUGGGGCUGGAACGGACUGCUGGAGUCCCCCCGCCCAGCCCCCCCAGCAGCCCCCCCCCAGCCGCACACAGAGCGCCCGGGUGGGUUUGGAUCCCCGCAGAGAUGAGGACUCCCCCACGUCUGUGGAUGCCGGGCUGUGCCACCCCCACGGCACGGAGUUCUCCCUCAGGGUCACACGGACCCCCCCGGACUCCAUUCUGUGCCCACUGCCCCUCGUCCUGUCACUGGGCACCACCGAACAGAUCCCAGCCCCACCUCCCUGACCGCUGCCCGUCAGAUAUCCAUCAGCACUGCUCACAUCCUCCCUCAGUGUUCCUUUCUCUGGGUGCACAGCCCUGGGGCUCUCAACCUGUCCCCAUCAGGAGGUGCUCCAGGCCCCCCACCUCUGUACUCUCUGCGGGGCACUUUCCAGCAGUUCCAAGUCUGCCUGGAACUGGAGAGCCCCACGCUGAGUGCAGUGCUCCAGCUGUGCCCUCUCAGGGCAGAGAGGAGGGGAGAAGCACCUCCCUGCCCUGCUGGCAGCACUCUAUGCAAUAAACCCCAGGCUCCCACUGGCCUUCUGGGCCACCAGGACAUGCUGCUGUCUCGUGGUCACCUUGUGGUCUAGCAUUGGGCUGCCCUGCUGACCGGCCGCUUCCAGAUGCGCUCCGGGAUUUACCCCGGUGUGUUUUACCCUGGCUCCCGGGGAGGCCUUCCUCUGUCUGAGGUCACCAUUGCAGAGGUGCUGAAGGCCAAAGGCUAUGCCACGGCCAUAGUUGGCAAAUGGCACCUCGGCCUGGGCGCUCGUGGCUCCUUCCUGCCCAUCCACCAAGGCUUCGACCACUUCCUGGGGGUGCCGUACUCCCACGACCAGGGCCCCUGUCAGAAUCUCACCUGCUUCCCACCUGACAUCAAGUGUUUUGGGACCUGUGACCAGGGCCUCGUGCCCGUCCCACUGUUCUGGAACCAAAGCAUCGUGCAGCAGCCAGUCUCCUUCCCUGAUCUGGUGCCGCUCUACAACAAAUUUGCACAGGACUUCAUUGCCGACUGCACCCGGCGAGGUGUGCCCUUCCUGCUCUACUACGCCUCCCAUCAUACCCACUAUCCCCAGUUUGCAAGCCAGGAGUAUGCAGGACGGUCACAGCGUGGGCCAUUUGGUGAUGCCCUUUCGGAGUUCGAUGGCUCAGUGGGGCAGCUGCUGCAGGCACUGCAGGAGAAUGGCCUCGAGAACACAACCUUUGUGUUUUUCACCUCUGACAAUGGCCCUUCUACCAUGCGGAUGGCACGUGGAGGCAGCUCUGGCCUUCUGAAAUGUGGGAAAGGCACAACGUAUGAAGGUGGCAUGCGGGAACCAGCAGUGGCCUAUUGGCCAGGCCGUAUCGCUCCAGGAGUAACUCACGAGCUGGCAAGCACCCUGGACAUCCUGCCAACACUGACUGCCCUGGCUGGAGCAGCUCUUCCCAACGUUUCCCUGGAUGGUUAUGACCUGAGUCCACUGCUGUUUGAGUCAGGGAAGAGUCCCCGUCAGACCAUGUUCUUCUACCCACCAUCCCCUGAUCCUCUGCAUGGCCCCUUUGCUGUCCGGCUCGGGAAGUACAAGGCCCACUACUUCACACAAGGUUCCUUUCACAGUGAUACAACGCCAGACCAGGCCUGCCAUGGGCUGACCCCGCUGACCCAUCACGAGCCCCCACUGCUCUUUGACCUGGAGUCAGACCCUGCCGAGAACUACAAUUUGUUGCAGAGCACUGCAGGGCCAGAAGUUUGGCAAGUCCUGAAGGACAUCAAACUGCAGAAGACACUUUUUGAGCAACGCAUGGAGUUUGGGGAAAGCCAGAUGAGGAAGGGCGGGGAUCCUGCCCUGGAACCCUGCUGCAAGCCAGACUGCACUCCCAAGCCCUCCUGCUGCUGCUGCUCAUAGCAUUUUGCUUCUCCACCCUCUUCUGCUGAUCCUAAACCCACCAGACCCCCCCCGCCUCUGACUAACCACAUGUAGCCUCAGAGCUACCCCAGAGCUUCAGCUCAGCGACACUGCUGACCCAAGGGAGUGCUGGCCUGGUGAGCUGAGGGUUGGGAAGGCUGCUAGCCCUGCUGGGUGUGCAGGUCAUUGUUGGACCUCCAAGCUGUGGUCUGUUAACAGAAACUCUGAGGGACCAGGAUAUGGAAUCAUCAGCAGAACCAGCACAGCUCCUUUCGAACUGCAGUUAAGAUGAAGCACAGGGUAUGCCCCGGUGUCUGGAGAUCCCAACUCAGCAGGAGGUAUGCUGUGCAACCCUUGUGGGGACAGUUGUGAGCUUCAGCAGCGUCACUGUGCGGGGGAUAAGAACACAGCAAAGAGCAGGAUGGGCUGGAUGGUCCUGACAGCUUCAGGGAUGGAGCUUUGUACAGCUAUUGCAGGGAGGACCCGCCAAUCAAUCAUAGAUUUGCUCAGGUUGGAAAAGACCUUAAAGAUCAUUGAGUCCAACCACAACCCAACCAUCUUACCCCAACUUUAACAGCCCUCUGCUAAAUCGUGUACCUGAGCACCACAUCCAGAUGGUUUUUAAACACAACCGGGGAUGGUGACUCCACCACCUCCCUGGGCAGCCCAUUCCAGUGCUUAACAACCCUUUCUGUAAAGAAGUGUUUCCUGAUAUCCAACCAAAACCUCCCCUGGUGCAACUUGAGGCCAUUUCCCCUCAUGCUGUCACCACUUCCCUAUCCUUCUUAACUCCAGAAGGUGGAGAUGUGGCUGGCCUGGUGUUUCUGUAAGGUCUGCAGAUGCUGGAGCUGCCUGCAGUCGGGUGAGCUGCACUCACAUUCCCUCCGCAUGACAAAAAUGGUCUCUUGCUCAUGAGCUAAUUGGCGUUCAUUAGCGAUCACAUGCACAGCAAUCCCAGCAGUAGGUGGUCGUUGGCAUUUGGGGUUUCCAACUGCUGGGUUGGGCCUGGAGCCCCUCCUGAUGGGGACAGGCUGGGAAUACCGGGGCUGUGCACCUGGGAAAGGGAAGGCUGAGGGGGGGAUCUGAGCAGUGGUGAUGGAUAUCUGACGGGCAGGGGUUGGGGAUGGUCAGUGAUGCCUGGGGUUGGACUGGAGGACUCCAGAGGCCCCUUCCAGCCCCACAGCUCUGGAGUUCUGUCUAGAAUAGGUCUUAACAAAAUAUAAAGGUGGACUACAGUGAUUGGACACAGGGCUCAAUAAAACAACCAAACCAA